AUGAUUAGGAAACCUAUUUUAACUAGUAAAGAAGAUCAAAACUUCCAAGAAGCUUUGAAACUUUAUGAUCAAAAGCAAUAUAAGAAAUCUUUGAAGCUUGUGGAUCAAAAUUUGAAAAAACAUUCCCAUGCCGAAUCUUUAACAUUGAAAGGUUGUAUUAAUUACCAACUUGGUAAUAAAUCUGAAUGUGAAUCAUAUAUCUUAAAAGGUAUUGAAAAGGAUAAGGAUAAUUACAUGGUUAACCAUUUGGCUGGUAUUUAUUAUAGAUCAAUUGAAAAUUAUACUGAAAGUGCUAAAUGGUUGAAAGCAGCUGUUGAUAAUGGAUCUCCUAACAAACAAAUCUUAAGAGACUUAAGUAUCUUACAAAGUCAAAUCAGAGAUUUCAAAAACUUGACCACCAGUAGACAACAAUAUUUGGAUUUUCAACCCGGUUAUAGAGCCAAUUGGACUGGUGCUGCUAUUGCUUUCCAUUUAAAUAAGAAUUAUAAUUCUGCUUAUUCUACCUUGACCAAAAUUGAAACUAUCAUCAAAGACCAUUUACAAGAAAGUGAUAUGUAUGAACAAAGUGAAUGUUGUUUAUAUAAGAAUGACAUUUUAUUUGAUGCUGGGAACAUUUCAAAAGCUUUAGAAGACUUAGAAAAGGACCAAUCCUACAUCAAAGAUAAGUUAGCCUAUUUAUCAUAUAAAGCCAAAUAUUUAAUGAUUUUAGGUAAUAGUAAAGAAGCUAGUGUUAUUUAUAGAAAGUUGAUUCAAAGAAAUCCUGAUGAUAUUGAUAAUUAUAAGAAUUUGGAAAUUUGUCUUGGAACCAGUGACUGGGAAGUUGAAAAAAGAGCUAAAUUAUAUGAAAAAUUGGCUCGUUUUUACCCUAAAGCUGAUGUUCCAAAAUUCUUACCAUUAGUAUUCAUCCCUUCUACUAACAAAUUGUUCAAAUCCAAGGUUUCAGAAUAUAUUUUGAGUCAAUUGAAAAGAGGAGUUCCAGCUACUUUUGUUAAUAUCAAACCAGUGUUGAAGAAUGCAAAGAAAUUGAAAAUCGUUGAAGAAAUAGUUGAAGAAUUUUAUGGUUCAAUUGGUCAAUACGAUCCUACUGUUAAAUUGUGGACUAUGUAUUUCAUUUCUCAAUUGAAUUAUUUCAAGGCUAAAUCCGAUAGUAAAUUUUUGGAAGAAUCAAUGAAAUGGAUCGACUUAGCCAUUGAACAUUCACCAACUUUAGUUGAGUUAUAUCUUUUCAAAUCCAGAAUCUUGAAAACUCAAGGUAAAGUUGUUGAAGCUUCAGAAUUCAUUGAUCAAGGACGUCAAAUGGAUUUACAAGAUAGAUUUGUUAAUUCUAAGACUGUUAAAUAUUAUCUUCGUGCUAACAAUAUCGAUAAAGCCAUGGAAUUAAUAAGUUUGUUCACUAAAUUAGAUAAAGAUGCCAUCAAUGGAUGUAAGGACUUACACACUAUGCAAGUUAAUUGGUUUUUAACUGAAAGUGCUGAAGCUUAUAGUAGAUUAUAUCAUCAAUAUCAAGAAGAAUUAAAUUCAUUACCUGAAGACACAGAUGAAGAAAUUGUUAAUGAUUUGAAAGAAAAAGUUGAUAUCAAUAAAGGUUUGGCCAUUAAGAGAUUUUUAGCUGUAGUUAAAAUUUUUGGUAUUUUUGUUAAUGAUCAGUUUGACUUCCAUUCAUAUUGUCUCAGAAGAGGAACCCCCAGACAUUAUGUUCAAACCAUUAAAUGGGAAGAUGAAGUUCAUAGCACACCUAUUUUCGUUAGAGUUAUUAAAGGUCUCAGUAAGAUUUGUUUUGAAAUCUAUGAUGAACAAAAGGUAAAGAAAGAGGAAGAACCUAUCAAAAUCAAAAAGAAUAACAAGAAACAAAAGAAAGCCAAAGCCCAAUUCUUGAAACAAAAGGAAGAUUUAAUUAAGAAGGUUGAAAGUGAAAAGGAUGAUAGUGAUCCUUUAGGAACUAAAGUCUUGAACGAUUUAGUUAAUAACUCUAAUGGUGAUAUCAUCGAUAACUUAUUAAACUUAACCUCCACAUUAAUUAAUGAAGCCAAAGAUUAUAAAAUCACCUGGGAAUUAUCAUUCAAAUUGAAUUUGAUCAAAUGUAAAUAUAUCUUAUGUUUACAAGCCCUUAAGAAUUUGAAAGAUAAGAUCGAUGAAGAUGAAUUAAAACAACUCAUUCAAACUUUAAGCGAUCAAGUUUCUGCUGAUGAAACCACCAAUAAUGCCAUUAAAAUGGUUGUUGAAAAAGGUUUAGCUUCAGCUUUCCCUGAUUUAUAG